UACUGGUCCUUGGCUCCUUCUGCAGCGAGCAUCCAGGGAGCCAGUGCAGAAAAUGGAAGGUGCAUCAAAGAAGCUGCAGUACUGGAGGCUUUACGUGCUGUCGCUGGUGUUGGGAAUCGGUGGGUCAUUUCAGUAUGGGAUUCAAGUGUCUGUCAUCGCUUCUCCAGCAGUGCACAUUCAGAGUUUUGUAAACUACACAUGGAUGUUGAGGUACGAAGCUCCGGUGGACGAGUCUGCUGACCAGCUCAUCUGGUCCUUUAUUGUGGCUGUGUUAAGUCUUGGAGCCUGGACCGGGGCUAUUCACAGUGGCAGCCUUCCUGUCACUUAUGGCCGGAAAAAAGCUCUAUUGUUCAACAAUGUUGUGGCGAUUGUCGCUGCCCUGCUCAUGCUCUUCAGUCGCAUGGCCAAAUCUUUUGAGAUGAUCUUGCUGGGCAGAUUUCUCUACGGAUAUAAUGUUGGUCUUGGCCUGAGUGUUCACCUCAUGUAUCUCGGGGAGAGUUCGCCAAAGAAACUCAGAGGUUUCCUGACUCUCACAACCUCAAUCUUCAUCGGCUUUGGGAAAAUUGCUGGUCAAAUAAUUGGCAUCAAGGAGAUGAUGGGGACAGAAGAAAUGUGGCCUUAUCUCUUGGCUGUUAGUGGUCUUCCUGCCAUCCUGCAGUUUGUGACCCUACUUUUCUUCCCUGAGGCACCUCGAUACCUUUACAUUGACAAAGGAGAUGCCGAAGGCAGCAAAAGAGCCCUGCAGUGGUUGUGGCAGGAGGAUAACUUAAAGCUGGAGCUGGACGACAUGCAGAAAGAGAGAGAGAGCACACAGGGAGAGAAGGUGAAGACGGUGAAGGACGUACUGAGCUCUCGCUGUGUGAGAUGGCAGCUGCUGACUCUGGCCAUCCCCUGCGCCGGUGUUCAGUUCUGCGGCAUCAAUGCUUUGUACUUCUAUGCCUUUGACAUCUUCCGCGAGUCAGGAGUGCCAGAGGACCAGAUGCAUUACUUGGCCAUCGGUCUUGGAGCAACAGAGCUCAUCACUGUAACCCUCUGUUCCUUCUUGAUAGAUCGUUCUGGCAGAAAGAAGCUGAUGGGCUAUGGCUAUCUAUUGAUGGGUGUCACCAUGUCUCUACUCACUGUCAUGCUGUCCAUCAAGGAUCUGAAUUCAUGGAUCCCAUAUGUGAACAUCGGCCUGAUCUUUUGUGUCAUCGGCAUUUAUGGACUUGGACCUUCCGGAGUGUCUAUGGCUCUUCCUGCUGACCUCUUCCUACAAGCCUGGCGUCCUUCUGCUUAUGUGAUCAGUGGGACGAUCAGCUGGCUCAGCAUGUUCCUUGUGGGGAUGUUAUUCGGCUAUAUAGUGGAUGGACUUGGGCAGUUCUGCUUCCUGAUUUUCGUAGUUUACUGCUUUUUAAGUGGAGCAUUUCUGAUUCAUUUUGUCCCUGAGACCAAAGGAAAAACAAUGGUUGAGAUUAUGGAGGACUUUAACAAAUUGAAUUACAAGAACAGUGGAGCCGACAUUGAAAAGACUAAGGAUUGUCUUACAACUAAAUUAUAAUUUUAUUUUAAAUUUUUUACUUUAUUUAUCACUUUUCUGUCAUUUUUUUUAAUGAACUUUUAAGUAAGAAUCUUUCAAUUCAACACUAAAAUGUAUGUAUUUCAGGGACCAAUCUUUUCAUUAAUUGUAACUUAUUCUACACAAACAAAUGUGAUACUUUCAGUUAACACCAGAAAUGUUUUAGGCAGAUCAUAUACACUCACCGAGCACUUUAUUAGGAACACCUGUACACCCGCUUAUUCAUGCAAUUAUCCAAUUCGCCAAUCAUGUGGCAUACAAAUUACAAUACACAAUACAUAAAAUCAGGUAGAUACCUGUCAGGAGCUUCAGCUAACGUUCACAUUAAAAAUCAGAAUGUGGAAAAAAUGUUAUGGGUUUGAAUAUUUCUGAAACUGCUGAUCUCCUGGGA